AUCACCAGUUGCCAUGGUAGCACCACCGAGAGUAAAAGAGGGGUAGUGCUAGACGUUUCGGGCAGAGCUCGGCCGCUGCGGAGGACCAGGAACUCUCCUUCUCCCUUCUCCCGCUAGUCUAACUUCUUCCAAAAUGAGCGGCCUGGAUGGCGGCAACAAGCUCCCUUUCGCCCAAACCGGCGGCCUGGCUGCUCCCGACCAUGCCUCAGGAGAUACGGACCUAGACCAGUGCCAAGGGCUCCAUGAAGAAACCGAGGCGACACAGGUGAUGGCGAACACAGGUGGGGGCAGCCUGGAGACCGUUGCGGAGGGAGGUGCAUCCCAGGAUCCUGUUGACCGUGGCCCCGCGCUCCGCGUCCCGGUUGCCGGGAGUCGCGGCGGUGCAGCGACCAAAGCCGGGCAGGAGGAUGCUCCGCCUUCCACGAAAGGUCUGGAAGCAGCCUCUGCCACCGAGGCUGCUGACAGCAGGCAGAAAAAUGGCUGUCAGCUUGCAGAGCCCCGUGGCCCUGCUGGGCAGAAGGCUCUAGAAGCCUGUGGCGCAGGGGGGUUGGGGUCUCAGAUGAUAGCCGGGAAGAAGGCCAAGGAAGUGACGACUAAAAAGUGCGCCAUCUCAGCAGCAGUGGAAAAGGAGGGAGAAGCAGGGGCGGUGAUGGAGGAAAAGAAGGUAGUGCAGAAGGAAAAAAAGGUGGCAGGAGGGGUGAAAGAGGAGAUACGGCCCAGGGCCCCGAAGAUCAAUAACUGCAUGGACUCGCUGGAGGCCAUCGAUCAAGAGUUGUCAAACGUAAAUGCCCAGGCUGACAGGGCCUUCCUUCAGCUUGAGCGCAAGUUUGGCCGCAUGCGAAGGCUCCACAUGCAGCGCAGAAGUUUCAUUAUCCAGAAUAUCCCAGGUUUCUGGGUUACUGCCUUUCGAAACCACCCCCAGCUGUCACCUAUGAUCAGUGGCCAAGAUGAAGACAUGCUGAGGUACAUGAUCAAUUUGGAGGUGGAGGAGCUUAAACACCCCAGAGCAGGCUGCAAAUUCAAGUUCAUCUUUCAGGGCAACCCCUACUUCCGAAAUGAGGGGCUUGUCAAGGAAUAUGAACGCAGAUCCUCUGGCCGGGUGGUGUCUCUUUCCACUCCAAUCCGCUGGCACCGAGGCCAAGACCCCCAGGCUCAUAUCCACAGAAACCGGGAAGGAAACACUAUCCCUAGUUUCUUCAACUGGUUCUCAGACCACAGCCUUCUAGAAUUCGACAGAAUUGCAGAGAUUAUCAAAGGAGAACUGUGGCCCAAUCCCCUACAAUACUACCUGAUGGGUGAAGGGCCCCGUAGAGGAAUUCGAGGCCCACCAAGGCAGCCAGUGGAGAGCGCCAGAUCCUUCAGGUUCCAGUCUGGCUAAUCUCUGUCCUGUGAGAAGCUUCUGCACAAGUUUCCUUACCACCUCCUCUUGGACCUAUGCUUGGCCAACAGCAUGCAGUCUUCCGUCUGCUUUCUCUUCAUACUGUGGAUUAUCUUUUCCUUUGGUUCUUCUAAAUCUUCAGUAAUCGGUUGCAAGAUUGUUGGCUUACCUGCCUAUGCCAUUCUUCCUCUGAGCCUUCAUGCUUUUCUGCAUUGUGUUAACAUGUUUCAAGUGCAUGGCCUUCUACGGCUUCUAUGCCAAGUGUAUGAUACUACAGAUAUAGUGUACCAUACUGCCUUUCUUUGCAUGGCUUGGACCCUGUCUGUGACCAUGGUCUUCUCCCAGUUUAAGUGGUUCUGUACCACAAAGAAUCUUGAUACAUCUUCACAAAUAACUGAUUGGGCUUCAUACUUUAUGCUGGCUGUGUCCUGAUACCCAUGUACUUAUGGUAAGCUCUUUGGGUAUUACCACUGCAAGACAAAACUGUUAUCUUAACCUGGCCAUCAACCCAAAUUGGACAUUCCAGACUACCACCAACUGGAUCCCAGCUGCCUUCCUGGGCUUGUGCCAUCCACCCUACUGAUUAUCUGAUAGAACAAGCUGGUGGCUGAUGGGUGACUGCUAGGCGUGAAUGAGGUAAUAGAUGAAAAGUGUUCUAUGUUAUCACAUUGGUUUUCCUGUACCUUUGGUUACUCUACAUCAUGACCAGCUACUGGUGAGUAUGAAGCCUGUGCUAUAGCCCACCCCUACUUGCUCUCACCUUCUGGUUGAACUUUGCUUAGGCCACUGUUGUCUGCCUCAUCAGGAACUAUCUGUAGACGUAGCUCCCAGGGAGCUCACAGGAACACCCCCUACCACCAGGAUAGGCAGUCAUAUGUGACAGUGCCCAAAGCAAGGCUGGAAUGCAGUCCCAUCCAGCUUAGUCUUUCUGACUCUUAGCCAACAAACCAUCCUUAAUCUGAGCAACUUCUUUAGGCAUUUCCUCUUUUCCCCGCCUGCACCCACUCUGAACAUGACAAAAGUUGCCAGAGUUGGGGCAUUGAGGAAGAGAUAUUUCUGGAAUAUGAGACUUGUUAUGCCUCUCUCUCUGUCUCUUUCUUUCUCUCCCUCCCCCUCCCCCUCGCUGCCCCCUCCCUCCCCCUCUCCCUUCCAUCCCUUCUUCCCUUUCACUCUGAAGCAGUUUUAGCUUAUUAACAGAAAACAAAACUGGCAAAGCAUGCUUUUUGUUUAAUUUGUUCUUUCCCUUAUUGUGUUCAGAAAGUUUAUGAUUAAAUGGGCUCCAGAUCUCUUAUUGCCCUUAUUCCUCCACCCCACUUGUUUUAGCAAGGUCUGAAAGUUUCAAAGGGAGACCUAUAGGUUAAUUGUUUAGUUAUAGGCAGAGUUAAAUUAGGCAGAUUUUGACAUCUUUAUCUUUUUACCCCAUCCAUUCUACCAAAACCUGUGUAUUUCUUGAGCUUUUAGUUUGAGAAGCUGGAGAGAGAAGGGCCUCACAGUGAUGGGUUCAGGACGGGUCCUGAACAGGAUGUGAGCAAAGGCAACCAAAACUUAGCUUCACUCCACUUUUCUAAAGAUGGAAAUUCUUUUUUGGCCCUUGGACCGCUUGGAAAUGACCCUAGGGUAGCAUUUUGUAGGUCACUCUUCUCCUUUGUACUAUUUUGUUCUUGCCCUGAUGUCCCUUGGGUCUCCAUCCUACUGCCUGGCUUUCUUGGCUCUCAUUUCUCAGUUUCUGCAUUUCCUUCCCUGCUCCUAACAAAUGAAGAAGCAGGCUGCAGCCUGCAUUGUGGAAGAUCUCCAGCCUCCUUGUAGGGAAUAAGGGGACGUGUAGCAUCUAUGUGGAUUUUCAGGGACAAGUUCCAGUAGGUGGGACAGUGAUGCUGUCAAGGCUGUCUUAGUUAUGAUCAUGUGUGGUGAUAAAGACCAUCCACCAUCACCCUUUUCCCCUUUGGUUUUGAAGGCCUUGCCCUAAGCUCCCUGAGGGUUUAGGAGGUCUGAACACAUGCAGUGGAGAGGUUAGUCGAGGUUGGGAAACUGAGUAAAGUCCAGAGCAGAAAUGAGCCUGCUGUGGAGUGGGUUUGGAAAGGCCCACAGGAAAGACCCUGCAGGAUCAGGGGUGGCAGGGGAGGCCCCUGAGGUGCUCUCCAGGGAAGAGGGGCUGGGGUUUAAAUAGCAUGCUUGGAGGAAGAUUUUCCUUCAAUUUUUCCUAAGUCCUUGAAUUCACCAGUAGAUUUUGGUAAACACAAUGUAAGUCUGGAUGUUUUCUCUCGAUUAUCCUAGGAGUGACCUUUAUAUGUGUGGAAGAUUAAUGGUAUAUGCUCCUUAUGUCACUGUUUUUGAGUAAAAUCCAUUUCCUUCCUCCAUUUCAGCCUAUGACAAAAUUGAUGUUUACAGGCCUGCUUUUUGCUUAUAAUUGACAACAUGUGCAAAAAUACCAAAUUUGUGUCCUGUGCAGUAUGAAGACUUCAGUGAAUAUACAUUAAUGUAUUAGCUUGUUUUGCUCUCUGUUCAUAUAUGGCUCUAUUCUUAGAAAUAUAAUUUGAAUGUGAUCUUUCAGUAGCCUGAAUAUUUUACAAAUUAUUGCUAUGUCUUGUGAAAAUAACCUCAAAAAGAAAAAUAUGACUCUGUUGUCUUACCUGGUAUUUCUUGCCCUAGUAAUGUACUUGACAUUUAUGUUCCUAAGCAGUAUAAGUACUAGUGGAAUUUCUCUGUCAAACUCAAUGAUCAUUAGUACUUUUGUCUUCUCCUAUGUGCUUGAAGGAAAAAUAAAGUGUCACUAACGUAUUUCUUGUUUUCAUCAAAAAAUAAAAAUAAA